AUGGGGGGAUCUAAUUCACAUACUCAAAAUGAUGAUUCAUUAAGUGUGAAUGUGGAACAACGGAGUGAAAAUACUUUACAAAUCAUGUCAAGUGCUCAAGGUGAUCUUGAUAAUAUUUGUGGAUCUUUGGUUGGUGAAAAACACGAGGAUAUUGAAAAACUCAUGAAGUUGUACUCAAAUCAUGCUAAAAAAGGAUUAAGAAAAAAUGCUAGCAAUGUAAAUGAGGUUAGAAAGAAAAUUGUACUUACAACAAGGACUGAUUGCAAAGCUUUUUUUAGGAUUAAACUGAGUACUAGUGAUGAAGGUUUGUAUGAGGUGAAAGAACAUGUGUUGGAGCAUAAUCAUCCACUAACUAGAGAAGAGUUAAGCUAUAUGCAUCGUUCUAAUAGAACAAUUAGCGAUGAAAAUGUUGUCAUUAUUGAAGAUAUGUUAUCAUCUGGGAUAGGAGCCACUGAUGCUUAUAGAUAUAUGGCGCAAGAAGCAGGGGGUGAGGAUAUGAUUGGCUAUACAAAGAGAGACUGUAUAAACUAUGUAAAUAUGCUGAAAAUCUUAACAAUAGAAGGAGGUGAUGCUCAAACACUUUUGAACAUUUUAGAAGAUCAAUCUGCUGAAAAUGAUGACUUCUUUUAUAGAGUGCGAUUAGAUGAAGAUGGUAGAUUAAGUCAUGUGUUUUGGAGGGACUCCAUGAUGAAGGAUGACUUCACAAUCUUUGGAGAUGUUAUGGUGUUUGAUACUACCUAUAGAACCAACAAAUACAACCUAAUUUGUGCGCCAUUUGUUGGAUUGAAUAAUUACAAGAAAAAUGUUAUGUUUGGCUGUGCAUUUUUGUCAAAUGAAAAGAUUGAAACUUUUGUGUGGUUGUUUGAGACUUUCAAGAAGAGCAUGGGGGGUCAAAGUCCUAUAUCAUUGUUUACAGAUCAGGACUUGGCAAUGAGUAAAGCAAUUGAGAAGGUGUUUCCACAGACAAGGCACAGAUUGUGCAUUUGGCAUCUACAUCAAAAUGCACAAUCUCAUUUGGGAAAACUAAAAAGUGAUAAGACUUUUUAUGAUGCAUUUCAAAGAUGUAUAACUGGCUGCAUUGAUUCAUAUGAUUUUGAGGAAUGUUGGAAAGCAAUGGUUGAAAAUCAUAACUUGCAAAACAACUCGUGGAUUCAGAGAUUAUAUGAGUUAAGAGAAAAGUGGUCUAAUGCUUUCAACAAAGAAUACUUCUCUGUAGGAAUUCUUUCAUCUCAAAGAAGUGAAAGCACUAACCAUGCAUUAGGAUUUAAAGCAAAAAAGACUACAAACUUGACUGAAUUUUAUGGACUGUUCAAGCAGACCAUAGAACGUUGGAGAUCCAAUGAAUUGAGUGAUGAAUUCCAGUGUAUAAGAGGUCAACCAACGACGGUAUUACCUAUGACUGGAAUAAUAAAGCAAGCUUCCAAGGUAUACACUCUUACAGUUUUUAAGGAUUUUGAAAAGCAAUUUAUGAGAUGUCUUGCUGGUAGUUUUUCUUUUCUAAGUGAAGAAUAUGAUUUCAAGCUUUAUCAAGUGAAAGAUGGACAACAUACAUACCAAGUUAGUUUUUAUAAUGUGAUGAAUACUUUAGUGACUUGCACUUGCAACUUGUUCGAGGAAUGCGGGAUGUUAUGUAGUCAUUGUUUGAGGAUACUACUCACUCAUUCAAUAGACAAAAUACCAGACUGCUACAUAAACAAGAGGUGGACAAAGCUUGCAAAACAAGCACUAUGGGAUAAAAAUGUUGAGCAACAAAGUAAAAGUGCUCAACCUUGGAGGCAUCAAUUUGUGAAAAACUGCUUGAAUCUAGCUCUACAAGUCCAAGACAAUGAGAAUGCAAGAAGACUUGUUGAAGAUGGGUUAGAAUCUAUAAGAUUAGCAGCACUUCAAGAGAUGAAGAAUACUAUGUCAGAAACAAAUGAAGCUCAAGAUUUAGAGGCAUGCUCUGAAUCUAGUAUAAGUGUUAAAGAUCCUAAAAAAUCAGUGACAAAGGGACGGAAACAAAGGAUCAAAGGACACUUGGAGAAAAAUACAAAGAAGAAAAGAAAGAAUGGUAUAUUGGAUAUAACAUUCUGGACAGGUAUUAAAAUUGUUGCUUUACAGUAA